AUGUCAACGAAGGCGGCGGAUGGCGGGGUGGAUAUCAAGAGCGAUGGAUGCCUUGAGGCGGACUCGGUACGACGAGACGAGGCUUGUGAGACGAGGCUUGUGAAGUGCUCCGUAUCCCCGAUUACCGUCAUGGCCGGGCUUGUUAGUUAUGAGAGCAGUAGUGAGGAGGAGGAUAUCCAACUGCAGCCUCCUGCACCUCAAGAGAAUAAAUCCAGGCCAUCAUCAAAACCUGCAGAUGAAAAGCUACCAGAGCCCCAAGUACCCCCAACAGGGCCACUAUCUCCAGCAACACCAUCACCAUCAACACCAACGCCUUUCGUCGGUCCCAUGCUUGGGCCCAGCGAGCCAGCGAUAGCGGACCUCCCGGAGCCAGAUCAAGAACUAGAUCUCCCCAUCCCACCAGGCUCCCCUUACACCUCCACCCGCGCCCUCCUCCGCGAUCUCACCCUCCCCAGCCAUCCCAACCUAGACCUCCCACCCUCACCACCAGGCUCCCCUCCUCCCGCCCUCACCAAAAAAGUCACCAACUUCCUCGAACUCAAAGACAAAGGCAUCCACUUCAACGCCAAGCUCGAAUCCUCCCCAGCCCUGCGCAACCCGGCCCUCAUGGACAAGCUCCUCAAAUUCACGGGUCUCGACGACGACCCGACGGCGCAGUACGCCACGACACUACCCAAGGAUCUCUGGGAUCCCGGAGCGUUUCCGGAUUGGGCUCAUCGCCAGGGGUUGAGGGCGGCUCAGGAGAGGCUGAGGAAGGAGAGGGAGGUCGAGAGAGCCGCGACAGGGAGGGUGGAGUUUGUGCCUGCUUCUGGUUCUGGUGGUGGGGUGGGGGUCGUAUCCGCCAAGUCGGGGCCGGGGGGACUGUCGAAGCGGAGAAGGAUGGAGUAG